AUUGGGAGGGAAAAAUAAGAAGGAGCGGGAUUUUCAUUUUUUUCGUUUUGGGCUGGCGCGCUCAGUUCCCGCUUUCCAUUUCAAUUUUUUCAUUUUCAUCUCCCACUCCCAGACCUCUUCCUUGAAAAUCCCCAAUUAGAAGGAGAGAGAGCAUACCAUCGACAACAACACCCACACCACCAAUCAAUCUAUCUUCAUCUCCCAACCCUUCUCCCCCUUAUCGCUGCGCUUAUUGCUGGCUCAAACCCUAGAUUUCUCCGUUUCGCGCCGCCCUCCGAAACCUUCCUCCUCCAGGCGCAAGAACCAGAAGGCUGCAUCUCCUUCCCGCCGGCGGCCUUUGCAUCAAUCCCUGGCCACCUCUUCCUAAUCCCUCCAUCAUCAAUCCAUUCAAUAGAACAGGAAUCAAACUUUGAAAUCUCCUACGAUGAGCAUAACGACGACAGUGGAGAAGUCUUGCAAUGAAAACUGCGAGACAAGAUCUUAUGGAGAUGAUAAUGGCAAAGAUAGAACAAUCGCGAGACCGAUCCGGUAGAGAUUCCUUCUUGCGACAUUGGGUCGAUAUGAAAACCGACCCAAUCUCUGGUCUCCUGUCCAGCGAUGGCGCCGAUUGACGUUCAUGCUGCUGGUAGUGCUCUGUGCUGGCUGCAAUCUCAGGGUGCUCUACCAGAUUGUGAAGCUCUAUUUCUACUAACCCAUAGGAGCUUGCUUCAUGCUUCUGAUUUGCCCCCUGUUUGGGCUUAUAGUGGUCUGGAAAACUUCCUCGACGGCGAGAUCUGGAUGGUCGUCGUCCACAGAUCGACUACCUUCUUCAGCUCUGAAUGGCCACGACCACCGCUCUUCUCCUCCGAUGGGUUGUUGAAGGACUUUUCUAGUUUGCUUGGGAAAGAGCUAGUGGGUGCGACGACGGAGGAUUUGCAGCGACGAGAAAAAGAAGGGGAAGGGGAAGUCUAAGUGGCGGAUAAAAAAAAGAUUGUAGGGGUUUUCAAUUAAUUAAAAGAAAUGGGCUAUUUUCACUUGAUAUUUUCAUUUAUUAUUUUUAUUAUUUAAUUAAUUAAAAUUUUGCCACGUAAAUAUCAAUCAUUAGUCCAGUCAACAUCGAUAGUUAAUUCGUUAAAGUUUUGGACCGAAUGGCUAUUUCUCUGUAUUGUUUUAAAGAUGACUAUUAUUGUCAAGAAGUGGAUAAUUAUGGC